AUGAUUAAUUCAACUUUAUCAAAUUUAUCUUAUUUUAUUCUUGGAGCUUAUUUGCAUGUUGGAAACUUAAGAUACUUUUAUUUCCUGAUAACUGCUUUGCUUUACAUUGUAAUUGUUGCAGUCAACAUGUCUCUCAUUGUGGUUAUCUGUAUGGACAGAAGCUUACAUGAACCUAUGUACCUUUUUCUGUGCAGCCUGUUUGUAAAUGAGCUGUAUGGUAGUACAGGGUUGUUUCCAUUCCUUCUGCUUCAGAUUCUCUCUGACAUUCACACUGUUUCUGCUCCCUUUUGUUACCUGCAGAUUUUCUGUUUAUAUACAUAUGGAAGUAUAGAAAUUAGUAACUUAGCCAUCAUGUCUUACGACAGAUAUCUUGCUAUCUGUUGUCCUCUACAGUAUAACACACACAUGACUUUGAACAAGGUAUUCAUCUUUAUCAUUGUGGUAUGGUUGUACUCUUUUGUGAAAUUUGUAAUUAUUUUAUCUUUAAACAUCCGGUUGACUCUGUGUGGACACAUCAUUAACAGUUUGUAUUGUCAGAACUACCUAGUAGUUAAAUUAGCAUGUUCUGACACCAAACUGAAUAACAUUUAUGGACUUUUUAGUAUUGUUCUCUCCAUCGUAGUCCCUCUGCUGCCAAUAAUUUUCUCUUACAUAAAAAUUCUUAAGGUUUGUUUUGCUGCUUCCAAACAGACCAGACAGAAAGCUGUCAGUAUCUGCACACCUCAGCUUGUGUCUCUGUUGAACUUUUCUUUUGGCAGCAGCUUUGAGAUACUUCAGAGCAGAUUUGAUAUGACCGGUGUUCCCAGUGUGCUGCGUAUUAUUCUCUCUCUGUAUUUUCUCAUCAUACAACCACUUUUGAAUCCUAUCAUGUAUGGAAUGCAAAUGUCCAAAAUCCGAAGAACAUUUAAGCAUCUGUUCUGUUAUAAACUGUUGACUGGUCAGAGAGAUACCAUGUAAGUGCAACUAAAUAAUUCUCAAUAUCGUCACAUAUUGUUGAAAUGUGCUAACUGAAAACAUGAAACUGGAUGGAAACAAAUGUCUUUCUGUCACUGUUUAUGUGGA